CCCCACCCUGCCAUGUGAUCUCUCUCCCUGCGCAUCCAUCUUCCUCUGCUGCCCUAGGGGAGGCUGCGGGCGGCUCGCCCUGCUCGGCAGCGCCGUCCUCGCAGCAGCGCGGGGGCAGCGACCGGCGCCGCGCAGCCACACCGCGGCCGCGGGGGGAGGCCGCUGCGCGGCGCGGCGCCCCUGCGCUUCAGCGCGGUGCCGGGCGGCGGCGGGCAUGGCGCUGGGCGGCGGCGGGGCGGCGGGGCGGCUGGUGCUGUACCACUGGACGCAGUCCUUCUCCUCGCAGAAGGUGCGCUUGGCGAUUGCUGAGAAAGCCCUAAAAUGUGAAGAACACGAUGUAAAUCUGCCGCUGAGCGAGCACAAUGAGCCUUGGUUUAUGCGUUUAAAUUCAUCUGGAGAAGUACCUGUCCUUAUCCAUGGGGAAAAUAUUAUUUGUGAGGCAACACAGAUUAUUGAUUAUCUUGAAGCAACAUUUGUAGACGAGGAAGUACCAAGAUUAAUGCCGGAAAAAGGAAGCAUGUAUUAUCCCAGGGUGCAACACUAUAGAGAGCUUUUAGACUCCUUGCCUAUGGAUGCCUACACUCAUGGCUGCAUCCUGCACCCUGAAUUAACAGUGGAUUCUCUGAUUCCAGCCUAUGCUACAACUAGAAUUCGUAGCCAAAUAAGUAAUACAGAGUCAGAAUUGAAGAAACUCGCGGAAGAAAAUCCAGACCUUCAAGAUGCCUAUAUAGCAAAACAGAAGCGCCUUAAAUCUAAACUGCUGGAUCAUGAUAAUAUAAAGUACCUAAAGAAAAUACUGGAUGAACUGGAAAAAGUUUUGGAUCAGGUUGAGACUGAAUUGCAGAGGCGAAAUGAGGAAACACCAGAAGACGGAAAUCAGCCUUGGCUCUGUGGUGAAUUCUUCAGCUUGGCAGAUGUAUCACUUGCUGUCACAUUACAUCGCUUGAAGUUUCUGGGAUUAGCAAGAAGAAACUGGGGAAAUGGAAAACGACCCAACUUGGAAGCCUAUUAUGAGCGUGUCCUGAAGAGAAAAGCAUUUUACAAAGUUUUAGGACAUGUCAACAAUAUAUUAAUCUCAGCAGUUCUGCCAACUGCAUUCCGCGUGGCCAAGAAAAGAGCGCCCAGAGUUCUUGGCACCACCCUGUUGGUUGGCAUGCUAGCAGGAAUGGGUUAUUUUGCUUUCAUGUGUCUUCGGAAGAGGUUUGCCAACAUGAUGUUAUCGAUUAAAACCAGACAAAAUUAUUUUUAGACUUGUCUGUCCCUGGUGGUAGGUGGAGGUCAUCUCUAGCCCCCAGGAAAGUAUGAAAAAUAAGCAUAUAAGGAAGGUUAUGUCCGUGACUUAGAACACUGUCACACAGUGACUGUCUCCUGCUUUUGAAUAAUAGGAUUGGCAAUGCUGAUAUAUUUGUGGAAAAUAAAUGUUGAGGGGACAACAAAAAAAGAAGAUACUUUCUUUUCAAAUGAGGAGCUGUAAGGGCUGUGACAGUAGUUUGUUAAAGUGAUUAUUGUUUCUGUCUCCUUUACCCAAUGCCUGACCUAAUUUUAAUGUUUUUAUUUAAUAGAUACUUUUGUCGCAACGUGACAGCUUUUCACUGUGGGUGAAAUGCGUUACUGUGCAGAAACCAGCAGGGCUGAAUCACUGAAAACAGCACUUAAGUUUAAAUGCUCAGAGAGGGAUGUAGGUGGAACAUAGGCUUUGUGCCUGUCGUGUACGAGAGCGAGUGUCUUUGUACUGAUUAAUGUCUGUUGAUUUGCAAUUGGACCAUUAUGAAUGUGUUAAAAAGUAGCCCUAGAGAGCUGCUUUUUCACUCUGUAUUAAUGCGAUAGUACAGGAAUAGACCUGAAAUACAUGUAAAUAUCAGUGAUUUGUGGGCCACAUGAGUGAAAUUCUGAAAAAAAAAAAGGCAAUUGACAGAAUUUGAACUUCUGUUUAAUUACGAAUGGGAGUAAAAAACCUUAAUCUUGUCUUUUGAAAGAUCUCUUGGAUAGCCUCUGGCCCACUCAGACAACCAGUUCAGUCACAAACACUGGCUGGGUCGUAACAAACUCAAUGCCCUUCUCCUGCUUUCACUCCCAUCAGCUCCUUCUCUCUUUUGCACAUGUGGUAGCUUAGUACAGUUGUCUCCAUAUUAAUGUCCCAUGUACCCGUCCAUGUUUUAGCGCUGAGCACUGGCUCUUUUUUGCACACGACUUAGAUAUGUUAGCAAUUGCAUGUGCCUCUAUGAAAUGUUUGCCCACAUCGUGCCACAGACAAUUAGAAAACAUAUGCACAAAAAUGCCUUGUGUGAAAGUAAUUUAAAACAGUUCGCUGUCUUUGAAUCUGGUUAGAUAGCCUAGACUGAAGAUGAAGCAGCUACUUAGCAGAGUCUGUUUACUGAUGGUAAGGUGUCCUAAUGGUGAAAACAAGUGAAAAACAUAAGGCAGGCUGGAGACAGAAGAUAAGUAGUGCAAAUCUUUUUUUUUUUUUUUUUUUUUUUUUUGGAAAAGCCACAAUCUCACAGCUUGUAGGAAAAAUAUAUAAAAACACUUUGAUACUUUCUACUAUUCAGCAGGUGAUGAGUUUUAUUAUUGUGUUUGAACUUAGAUCCUGUUUCAAUGAGAGAUGCACGUUUACCUGAAAGUAGACUUUGCAGACAGAAAAAUCAGGAACGGCUCAAAUUCUGAUGACAGCCUAAUAAGAUUUUGUAUUCUUUCAUGAAUGUCUGAAAAGUUCAGAAUUUUUGGUUACAAGCUGUAGCUAACGACAACAAAGUGUAGCUCUAAAUGUUUGCCUAUCACCAACCAGUGCCAACAGACCUAAGUACAUUUUAGAUCUGAUGCUGAUGGCUGUGGUCUCUCAACUAAUGCUUUUGAGCACCAAGAAGAGCCUCUCUAAAGUUUGAAGCGUACGGAUGUAGUUUUUUGCCUUGGCAGUUUCACUGUCUACAAGAUAUCAAAAUGGAUAACAUUGUUGAAUAUUGCUGCUUAUAAUUUAAUAUUGUGUUAGCUGUCUAACAAAGGAGGGCCCAAAUCUCAUUGCUUCUUUCCAUUAAUAAGAAACAUCUUACCUAGGAAACAAUGCGCUUUUUAUUUGUCAAAAAGACAGUUUUAUGUAAUUCUAUUUCAUGACACAGUUGUUUUGGAGAACUUGAUGAAUUAAAUGUGCUCUAUUUAGAAAAACUUGUUAUCUCUAGAGUAAAUUUAAUCCAACAAUACUAUUAAUGUCCUGGCAGCUUUAGUGGGUUUUGUUGUUCAUGUAUUGCAGUGUAUCUGCAUUUACUUGUAACCAUCUUCCACUAAGUUUAUAGACGCAGAGUAAACCCUGUGACAUAAUGCUUCUUUGGCAUGUGUUUAUGACAGGGCAUUUGUAAAAUAUAAUCUGAUCAAGCCACAGUAAAAUUCAAUAUAUAUAACUUAUUUAUUUUUAAUUUUUUUACAGAAAGCUAUAUUUUAUUUUUCCCUUUAUCUUUUUUUUUAAUGCUUUAGGUCUAGGUAAGAACACACUUCUAUUUCCGGAGGCAUACCAGGUUAGUUCACAGUAGCAGCACUGUAUGCUGAGAUACAGGCUGAUUAGUAAUGAGGCUGUGCAGUUUUACUCCCCCCACAAAACUUGAUCUCUGCCCUUCCGCUAGUGCUCGUUGCCUGCCGAGAGCUGCAGGUGUGGUUGGAAAGGACUGAAAUGUCCACCAGAUGUCAGUGCUCCUCCAGGAGCUCCUCGGCUUUGGAACGCCUUUGGGCUGUGCGGGAAAUCACUGAAGUUUUCACAAACAAAAAGUUUAUGAUCUCAGUGUAAGAUGGAUGUGAGCAUUGUCUCAAACUAGUGGUCUCUCAAAAGCCCUUGAAACAACUGCUUCAGUCUGCUGCAGGCUGAUACUCUAAUAUCUGUCAUUUAGGCUUGUAUGUAGUUUCUACACUGGGUAGAUAAGAUUGUCCAACAGAGGGCAAAGUUGAAAUAGGGUUUCACAUUAAAAUGUGUAUCACUGAAUAGCAGCUAAACUUGUUGCCUACAGGAAUGAACAUGGAUAAAACUAUUAUUGAGAAGACUUUGAGACCCUAGUUGAAUUCAUGUCUGUUAGCUAAAGUAUUUGACAACCUACUUCUUCUCACUGCUCUGAUGUGCUCUUCUUUGUGCUGUAAUAGUUCCUGUACAGGUGGCAGCAAAAGGCAUACCCAUGCCUAAGUUCCUUGUAGUGGACUGAGAUUUAGAAGCGCAUAUGCUGUGUCUGGUUCCUUGCACCUUUCAUGUGAUGACGCUUGUAAAUUUUCUUUCUAGCCUGGCUUAUUUUCUUUGCUUUGGCACCUCUGGACAUUAUUUAGAUUGGUUACAAUCACUCUUUUGGUUUUCAUUUGGUAUUUGCUCUCUUAUCAUGCAUCAGAUAUAUUUCAUAUCAAAUCUUUCUAUGUGGGACCAGCAAAAUAAACAUUGACUCUAUGACUA